AGCCCACCCCCUCCUGGCACCCGCGGCGGCAGCAGGAGCUCAGCAUGCCGAGGAGGAAGCAGCAAGCGCCCCGGCGCGCAGCAGCCUAUGUUUCAGAUGAACUGAAGGCCGCAGCACUCGUGGAGGAAGACAUGGAACCUGAUGAAAAUGCAAUUGAUGGGGAACCUUCAGCAAAAUACGUGUGCCCAGAAAAAGACUACAGUAAGAACUGCCAGAGCUACCAAAACUCUCCAGCUGCUGAAUUUUCCAGCCAUGAAAUGGACAGUGAGUCACACAUCAGUGAGACAAGUGACCGCAUGGCAGAUUUUGAAAGCAGCUCUAUCAAAAACGAGGAAGAGAGCAAGGAAGUUGCAAUACCACUUGAAGAUUCUGCUGUAUCUGAUAGUUUAGAACAAAUGAAAGCUGUAUAUAAUAACUUCCUUUCCAAUUCCUACUGGUCCAAUCUCAAUUUGAAUCUCCACCAGCCGACUUCAGAAAAAAACAACGGUAGCAGCAGCAGUAGCAGCAGCAGCAGCAGCAGCUGUGGAAGUGGUAGCUUUGACUGGCAUCAGACUGCUAUGGCAAAGACACUGCAGCAAGUUUCUCAGAGCAGAAUUCUUCCUGAACCAAGUCUUUUUAGCACAGUUCAGUUGUACAGACAAAGCAGUAAGCUUUAUGGCUCUAUAUUUACUGGAGCCAGUAAAUUCCGUUGUAAAGACUGCAGUGCUGCCUAUGACACUUUAGUAGAAUUAACAGUGCACAUGAAUGAAACAGGACAUUAUCGAGAUGACAACCAUGAAACUGAUAACAAUAACCCUAAAAGAUGGUCCAAACCGCGUAAACGUUCUUUGCUUGAAAUGGAAGGGAAAGAAGAUGCCCAGAAAGUAUUGAAGUGUAUGUACUGUGGCCAUUCAUUUGAAUCUCUUCAGGACUUGAGUGUUCAUAUGAUCAAAACAAAACACUACCAAAAAGUGCCUCUGAAGGAACCUGUUACACCUGUAGCAGCAAAAAUUAUCCCAGCUACUAGAAAAAAAGCGUCACUGGAGCUUGAACUUCCAAGUUCUCCAGAUUCCACAGGUGGGACACCAAAAGCAACAAUCUCGGACACCAACGACGCGCUACAGAAGAAUGCAAAUCCUUACAUUACGCCAAAUAAUCGUUACGGUCACCAGAAUGGUGCCAGCUAUGCUUGGCAUUUUGAGGCAAGGAAAUCACAAAUUCUCAAAUGCAUGGAGUGUGGAAGUUCCCAUGAUACUUUGCAGGAACUCACUGCCCACAUGAUGGUGACAGGACAUUUUAUAAAAGUCACUAACUCUGCCAUGAAGAAAGGGAAGCCAAUUAUAGAAGCCCCAGUGACGCCAACAAUAACAGCUCUACUAGACGAAAAAGUACAGUCUGUGCCACUCGCAGCCACCACUUUUACAUCUCCCUCCAACACGCCUUCUAGUGUCUCCCCAAAAUUGAAUGUUGAAGUAAAAAAAGAAGUAGAUAAAGAGAGAGGGAUUGCUGAUGAUAAAAUGAAAGAGAAAGAGAAGUCAAAUGAAGAUGAUGAAAAGUUUGAUAUCUCCUCAAAAUAUCAUUAUUUGACUGAAAAUGACCUGGAAGAAAGUCCUAAAGGGGGGCUAGAUAUUUUAAAGUCUUUAGAAAACACAGUAACAUCAGCUAUAAACAAAGCCCAGAAUGGUACACCAAGCUGGGGUGGCUACCCCAGUAUUCAUGCUGCCUACCAGCUACCUAAUAUGAUGAAGCUGUCGUUGGGUUCAUCGGGAAAAAGUACACCCUUAAAAUCUAUGUUUGGAAACAAUGAAAUAGUGUCGCCGACUAAAAACCAGCCCUUACUGUCACCACCAAGCAGUCAAACCUCCCCUGUGCCAAAAACGAACUUUCAUGCCAUGGAAGAAUUGGUAAAGAAAGUCACUGAGAAAGUGAUUAAAGUUGAGGAAAAAAUGAAAGAACCUGAAGGAAAACUUUCUCCAGUGAAACGCGCGACACCUUCGCCAUGCAGCAGCGAACUCAGUGAACCCCUCAAAAUGGAUGCCUCCAGUGAUGGUGGUUUUAAAAGCCAACAGAACAGCCCAGUUCCUCAGAGGGAUAGUUGCAAGGAUAGUCCAACUAUGGAACCAGUGGAAAAUGGUAAAGAGCCUGUAAAGUUAAUUGCAAGUACAUUAAGCAGCAGCACAGCUAUUAUUACAGAUCAUCCUCCUGAACAACCAUUUGUAAAUCCAUUAAGUGCACUGCAGUCUGUCAUGAAUAUUCAUCUUGGAAAAGCAGCAAAGCCAUCUUUGCCUGCUCUAGAUCCAAUGAGCAUGCUUUUUAAAAUGAGCAACAGUUUGGCAGAAAAGGCUGCGGUGGCCACCCCACCUUUGCAGUGCAAAAAAACAGACCACUUAGACCGUUAUUUUUAUCAUGUCAGCAAUGACCAACCCAUAGAUUUGACGAAAGGCAAGAGUGACAAAAGCUGCUCUUUGGGUUCAGCGCUUUUGUCAUCCACAUCAACAUCUUCUGCAUCUUCUUCAUCUACAGUGACAACAGCAAAGACAUCUGCAGUCGUGUCAUUCAUGUCAAACUCGCCGCUACGCGAGAAUGCCUUGUCAGAUAUAUCCGAUAUGCUGAAGAACCUGACAGAAAGUCACACAUCAAAAUCUUCCACACCUUCCAGCAUAUCUGAGAAAUCUGACGUUGAUGGUACCACAAUAGAGGAACCAGAAGAGACGACACCAGCUCAGAAAAGGAAGGGACGUCAGUCUAACUGGAACCCUCAGCACUUGCUCAUUCUGCAGGCCCAGUUUGCAGCCAGUUUACGACAGACAUCAGAGGGAAAAUACAUUAUGUCAGACUUGAGCCCUCAAGAAAGGAUGCACAUUUCAAGGUUUACGGGACUCUCAAUGACCACAAUUAGCCAUUGGCUAGCCAAUGUGAAAUACCAGCUCCGAAGGACGGGAGGAACUAAGUUCCUUAAAAAUUUGGACACUGGGCAUCCAGUGUUCUUUUGUAAUGACUGUGCUUCACAGAUCAGAACUCCUUCAACUUAUAUCAGUCACCUUGAGUCACAUCUAGGUUUCAGGUUAAGAGACCUGUCCAAACUGUCCAAUGAACAGAUUAACAAUCAGAUAGCACAAACAAAGUCACCAUCUGAAAAACUGGUGACAUCAUCCCCAGAGGAAGAAAUUGGAACUUCCUAUCAGUGUAAACUUUGUAACAGGACUUUUGCAAGCAAGCAUGCUGUGAAACUUCAUCUUAGUAAAACACACGGGAAGUCACCAGAGGAUCAUCUUCUGUAUGUUUCGGAGUUAGAGAAGCAGUAGCAUUUGCUUUUGAUUAAAAUAACUGUAAUUUGCUUUGAGGAAACUGUCAAAGACGCCUUAAAGCUACUGUUUAGUUCUUGGCACAUGUUCUUAUUUUAACUCCAGAGAGUCACUCUGGGCUGAACUGUUUUGUAUAAUUGUACAGUGUUUAAUAGAGGUGCAUAAUCAGCUGUUGUUACUGGUAAAAUAUGAAGGUUAAAAUGCAGUGGUAAGUGUUUGGAACUUUGUGUAAAUUGGAUUUAGUUGCUGUGCAUCCCUCUGAUGCAUUAAGCUGCAUGCAUUAACAGACAGUUUAAUUAAGCAUUUAUAACUAAUCCCGGUGCACUUUUUUCAUGUGACCUAAGUGUGCUGGUAUUUCUUACCCUAUAAUCUUUAGCCCUCUGAGUACUUUGGAACACUUUUGCUUUAAUUUGGUGAAAUGUAUGGAUAUGUUUUUUAAAACCCUUACCAGCUUAGUUCUAAUUAUUAAUAUGAACCUCCAUUUAUGCAGAGGUGUAUCACACCUUGAAAUUUAAAAUAUUAUUUUCACAUUGAAACAUAGGUGUAUAUAUUGUAUAGAUUUCAAAAUCUCUUAUGGAAAUGUAAUUGUGGUUAAUGCCAUGUUUUUCUUCAGCAUUUUUAGCAAUGACGGUUUUUGUACCUGAUAUGCCUCAGGUAUAAACUAUACCUAUAUAUAGAGUGUAUAUUUCUUUUUUAGGUCUAAGGGUUUUUCUUUUAACAUCCAAACAUUGUAAAUUAUAUGAAAGGUACCACAAAUAGCAUUUAUAAAGUAUUCAAAAACAUUAUUCUUAAAGCAAAGUAUGAUUGUUUUGUUUUGCUAUACAGUACAUCUAUAUUGAUAGAGGUUCAUGUUUAAAUUAUACAUAUUUAUUAGUAUCGUUAUCAUUUGUUUUUAAACCAGCUGAAUAACAGAAGCCACGGACUGCAUCUUUGGCAUGCAUUAUAACUAUUUUGCACAACAUGACUUUUAAAGGUAUUUAUUAGUAAAAGAAAAUUUAAAUAAAAUGAGAGAAUUCAAAAUAAACUCAGUGCUCAAAGGGUUAAAUCUAUUUGAAAAACUUGUACUGUAUUUCCUAAACAUUGAUAAAGCCUUUAAAAUGUUUGUACUGUAAUAUUUUGCUUAAAAGUUAUGAGGCAUUCUGUGAUAUAACCUUUUACUUAUUUAUAAGCGCUAUUGGUUGUUAUUUCAUAUUGUAGAAUGCCUUUUUAUUUCAAUUGGUAACUUUCUGUUUUGUUCUGCCUAAUUAUUCUCCCAAGAUUCCAUACUGCAGCUUUAUCUUUAGGCAUAUGAAAGGUAACCCGUGGUUACCAGCACACUAAGUGAUUCUGUUCGUCUCCAUUUUUGGCAGUUAAUUUGCAGAAGUAACUGACAGCUGACACCAUAUGAGAAUCUAUGUAUAAAAUAUUGGCAUGUAAACAGCACAGACACUGUAAUGCACUCUGUGCCCUGUUUUGUUGUUGACAAUGAAGCACCAUUAUAUGACUCUUCAUAUAACCUUUUUUUCUAC